CCCUGCAGUAAAUUUGGGGACGGCGCCCCUUUGAACCUGUCAAAGAGUACUUGAAAACAAGUUCAAUUGGUUCGGGAAUUUAAAUCGACAGAUACCUAACCAUGGAUCAUUCAACGACUUUCUUGAGCCGCAACAAAGUCAGUGUUGCUUACGUCGGUCACUAAGUUUUAGGUGAAUCGGAACGAAACCAGGAUAAAUUGCCGCCCGUAGGCCCUUGGACAUUGAAGCCCUUCCAAUUGCGAAUCCAUCAAUUUCCCUGCAUACUCCUGGAGACACAAGAGGAUGGGAAAGAUCAGCCUGGUUUUCCUGUCGUUCUGGGGCGCGGGCCACCUGGUGCCCAUGGUGGAGACGGCCAAACGCCUCCUCCGGUUCCAACAAGAGGAGAAGCUCUUCUCCGUCACCGUCCUCCUCGUCCAACCCCCAAACCCGGCAUCAGCCUCCACCUUCUCCCCCUACGUUCAGUCCGUCGCUUCCUCCGGCCUCGAUAUCCGCUUCCAAGACCUCCCGCCUGUGGAUCCCCCCACCGACACCGACGGCGCCGAGGACUUCAUCUCCCUCUACAUCCAGAGCUACAAGCCCCACGUCAAGGCCGCCCUCGCCCUAUCCUCCAUCCCCGUCGCCGCUCUGGUCCUCGAUCUCUUUGCCACUACUAUUAUUGACGUGGCUGACGAGCUCGGUGUCCCGUCCUACAUCUUCUUCGCCUCCACUGCCGCCAUGCUCGCUCUCACGCUCCAUCUCCCGAUUCUCCACGACAAGAUUCCGGUAGAAUUUGGGGAAUUGGAAGGCGACGUAGAGGUCCCUGGAGUUCCUCCCAUUCCGCCCCUGUCCAUGCCGACUCCCUUAAUGAACAAGAAGAGCCGGGUCUACACUUGGUUUGUCUUUCACGGCAAACGGUAUCUGGAAGCUAAAGGAAUUAUAGUUAACACGUUCAAGGAGCUAGAGCCAGGACCACUGGAGGCACUAAUGGAGGGCCUCUGCGUGCCAGGCCACCCCACGCCGGCCAUCUAUCCGGUAGGACCAGUCAUCGCCCUUGAGGAUGACGCGGAUAAGGCUAAUUCCGAGCGGCACGAGUGCAUAAAGUGGCUGGAUGGGCAACCACCGGCGUCGGUGCUGUUCUUGUGCUUCGGGAGCAUGGGCAGCUUCGGCGCUGCACAGGUGCGAGAGAUGGCUCUCGGGCUGGAGCGAAGUGGGCACCGGUUCUUGUGGUGUCUCCGGACACCUUCGACGGGGAAAUUCCGGCACCCGGUCGAUGCAAAUUUGGGGGAAGUAUUGCCGGAGGGGUUCUUGGAGAGGAACGGGGAAAGGGGAUUGGUGUGGCCAAGUUGGGUGCCGCAGAAGGAGAUAUUGGCUCACGAGGCGGUCGGGGGAUUCGUGACGCAUUGCGGGUGGAACUCGACCCUGGAGAGCUUGUGGUUCGGGGUGCCGAUGCUUGGAUGGCCGCUGUAUGCGGAGCAGCACCUGAAUGCUUUUGAGAUGGAGAGGAUGCUUGGGGUGGCUGUGCAGCUCAAGGUGGACAGGAAGGGAGGGGGAUACGUUGGAGCCGAGGAGUUGGAAAGGGGAGUUAGGUGUUUGAUGGGGGACUCUGAGGAGGGGAAGAAAGUGAGGGCGAAGGCUGAAGAGAUCAGACUGGCAAUAAAAAAUGCCAUAGGGAAAGGAGGGUCAUCGUAUAAUUAUUUGGAGCAACUAGCUGCGGACAUGAGCAAAGGCGGGGCUUCAGACAAAUAUUAAUGAUGUUGUACUUUUUCCUUUGAGCACUCCCUUGCUGUUCGAAUAAGCUCUAGAUCGUCCUAGAUGCUCGCUAGUAUAAGAUGACAUUGCCUGGUGAAAUUGAGGACAUGUUAAAUUAUUAGCUUACCCUACAAGUCAAUGGCUAUGACUUGGCUCGGCGAUGAGGCUACUGAAUUGCCAUUUUAUGUAUACAAUAUUUCUUAGUUAUGGCUGUGACACUUACCAUUUUACCCUCAAUGCAAUAAUUUGGUAUCAUCA